UCGGCUAUGGCGCAGCGUGAGUAGUCGUGUAUUUUAACGCUCCUGAAUAUACGAUCCAAUCUCGUGUACAAAACAAAAGUCUGAUUUGAAAUAGUGCUCAACCUACUCCUUAAACUAUUGCCAAUCGAUUGUGAUAAGUGAAAUCGAUAAAAAUGGUGUUAACACGAGAUGUUACCGAAGAAAUCAAAUCGGCAGUAAAUUCUGCAAUGAUGAAGUUCCUAAAAGAUGAAACAUUCAUAAAAACCAUAUCAGAUAGCGUGGCUGAGGCAGUCACAGCGUCGAUGCAAAAAAAACUCACACUGAUUGAGCAAAAAGUUACAGACCUGAAUAAUAAAAUGGAAGGUAUGACAAAGGAAUACGAACAGAAAAUCAAUAACUUAGAAUGUGUUACAAAAACAUUAGUAACGGAAAGAAAAACCCUGGAGAAGAAGUUUGAUAAUAUUGAACAAAUCUCGAAGCGACAAAACCUGCGAAUUUUCAACGUUAAAGAAACCAAAAACGAAAAUGUUCGUGAUGAUCUAAUUCAGUUCCUAAAUUCCAAGAUGUCAUUGAAUAUAAAAAGCAGCGAUAUGGAACUAUGUUAUAGAAUUGGAAGAAGAGACGAAGGAAAUAGAAUGAAGCCUAGAGGAAUUUUCCUAACGUUGAAAAGCUACGACAUGAAACAAGCCAUUUAUAGUAAGAAAAGGCUACUAAAAGGAACAGGGGUGGUUAUUCGUGAAGAUCUUACCAAAUUGAGGUUGAAUAUUUUUUCCAGAACUAUUGAAAAUACAUCGUUGAAAAACGUAUGGACUGAUGAAGGAAACAUUUAUGUAAAUCAUAACAAUAAGAUUAUCAUUUUAAAAUCGGAAGAUGACUUUCAUAAACUUUUUGGUGAUGUAUAAUAUCAAGAACGAUUGAGUAAUUUCAAUAAUUCAUCAGUUAUUAAUCUAUUUAUAAGGCAAGGUGAUUUUACUUCAUGUUAAUAAAUUAUGCUUCAUUUUAUAUUCA